AUGCCAUCAUCACACACACUACUCAACAAUCUGUUGAAGUCUCUCCUCAUCUCAGGCUUGCUCAUACAUCUCAUCUCCAUCUCCUCAUUCAACAACAACAAUUCUUUGCUCUACACAUCUAUCAACCUUAUCAAACCUUCCUCUUCCUAUCAUCCUCUUUCUCCUUGUAAUGCAACUCACAUAGUCUUUGGAAUUGCAGCAACUGCAUCCACUUGGAGCCACAGAAAGCACUCUGUUGAGUCAUGGUGGCGCCCUAACCUAACCCGAGGCUACGUCUUCCUAGAUAAGAUCAAGCCAGAGCUCCUCCCAUGGCUGAACCACACUCUCCCUCCAUUCCGUGUCUCCCAGGACACAUCGAGAUACAAGGACCACGACAAGCACCUGGCGCGCGAUGCCAUCCGUAUGGCGCGCAUUGUAACAGAGCUUUUCGAGAUCGAGGAGGCAGGGCGCGGUGACGUGAGGUGGUUUGUGAUGGCCGACGACGACACGGUCUUAUUCGUGGAUAAUUUGGUUGAUGUUCUAAACAGAUACGAUCACCGGAAAUUUCUAUACAUUGGAAUGAAUUCGGAGACGCAUGCUUCGAAUGUGAUGCACUCUUAUGAAAUGGCGUUUGGCGGCGCCGGAUACGCCCUCAGCUACCCUCUCGCGGCGGCGCUGGCGGCAAACAUGGACGUAUGCCUCAAACGCUACCCGGAUCUGUGCGGAAGCGCCCAUAUAAUUCAAUCGUGCGUCGCUGAUUUGGGGGUUUCCAUCACCAGAGAGCUAGGGUUCCACCAGAUCGACCUCCACCGCGAUAUAUCUGGAUUUCUAUCGGCGCAUCCCCGUGCGCCGCUGGUGUCGCUGCACCACCUGGAUCAGGUGGAGCCGAUUUUUCCGGCGAUGAGCAGAGACGAAUCGCUGAAACACCUGAUGGCGGCGGCGAGGGCGGACGAAUCGAGGCUGCUGCAGCAGAGCAUCUGCUACGACGAGUUGAAGAACUGGACGAUCUCGAUCGCGUGGGGGUAUUCCGUCCAGAUCUACGAGGCGAUCGUCAACCCUAGCGCGCUGCAGAGGCCGAUCGAGACGUUCGUGCCGUGGACGAAGUUCGCGCGACCGUUCUUCGUGUUCAACACGCGCGGCCUCCCUUCCAGACACCCGUGCUAA